AUGUUCGCAACUGAUGGAGGCUUUGUGCUGGUUCUGGGGCUGGUCGGCAGCGUGGCCCGCAGCAGCAUGGAAGAGAUCUGCGUGGCGGUGUCGCGCGCCUCGCAGGAGGCUUGGUUCUUCUCCGCCGCGUGCGCGGUGGCCAGCCUGGGCUUCGGCGGCCGCCACCUGGGCCCGCAAUGUCUGGACCUCUGUGGGGGGACGCCUCCACAGCGCCUGCGUCCUCUGCUGCUGCUGUUGGCGCAGCUGCCACUGCUGCUGGCUGCAGCGGCGCAGAGCGCGGCCUGGAGUGAAGCAAGGAGUCUGAAGUGGGCCUUGGCGGCGCAGGGCCUGGGCUUCAGCCUCUUCGGAAGUUUCCCGGAGGACGCGUCCUGGGCGCACGGCACCCCCGCCAGUGGGGGCUCGGUGCUCUCGGGCACCGCGGUGGGCCGGGCGCUGCUGCUGCACCUGGCACUGGCGGCGGUGCCCUUUUUGGCCGCCGCAGUGAGCUCCUGCUGCGUGAAGCCCACGGCGCGCUUCGUGGUCCUGGCGCUGCUGGGCGCCGCGUUCCUGGCGGACCGCCUGGCCGCCAAGGCGGCUCCGCUGGGCCUCCGCUGGGCGGCGCUCGCGGACUUCGCCGCGGCCUUGCUUUGCCUGAACUUCCCCGAGCUUCGACGCUUCCCACGGCUCUCCGAAUGGGCGGAGGGCUAUGCAGGGCUGCGGGCUGCGUCCUCCCAGAAGAAGACGGGGAGGCAGCAGCGGCGGGCAGACAUUGUGGGGGGCCUGCGGCGAUUGAGCGCGCGCCUGCUGAAACACCCGCUGCCGGAAGUAGAGGAAGCGCAGGACCCUGCUUUCUUGAACUGCCUGCUGGUGGAGCUAUGGCCAAGCCUUCGGGGAAUGCUUGAGGAGGAUGUGCUGAAAGGUGAGGUGCAAGCGGUUUUGCAGGAGAGCGUCACCGGGGCCUUGAAGUUCGACAGCGUCUUCCUGGGCGCCGAGCCUCCGCGGGCACACCUGAUGAAACUGGUGCCUGGCAACCGGUCAGAGCGGAGCAUCACUCUGGUGGUGGACGCAGAGUUUGUCGGAAAGGAGGUGGACAUCACCCUGAAGCUGACCCUCGGCAGCUUCAUGGGCCUCUCAGUCAGCGUGCGGCGUCUCUCCAUGCGGGGCACGCUGCAUCUGGCCUUCCGGCACCUGACGCCUCACCUGCCGAUCAGCCAGGGGCUGACCAUCGCCUUCGCCAAUCCGCCGCUGCUGGACUUGGAGCUGUGCAGCUCUUCCGCGGUGGCCUUCCUGCCUGAGCGAGCCCGAGAGGCGCUGAUCUCGCUGAUCUCCUCCUCUUUGGCCCGGGAGAUGGUGCUGCCGAAUCGGCUUCCCCUUCCCUUCGGCACCCUCUGGCCGCUGGAUCGGCUCCAGCACUGCCGCCCAGAGGGCGUGCUGGCCUGUCGCGUGCUGGGCGCCUGUGGCGUGCCGCCGGAGCGCGGCAAGUUCGGGUUCGAGCGGCCGUCGGUGUGCGCCCUCCAGCUGGGCGCAUCCAUUUGGCGCAGUAGGGCUGCCUUGAGUGAGGAGGGGGACUUCUUGUGGGACGAGCAGCCCUUCCUCGUGGUGGACAGCUUCGAGGACCAGUCUUUGUUGGUGGCGCUGCAGGAACGUCACACCUUCAAUGACCAGACUGCCGCCCAUCAGGCCAUUCCCCUGGCCGAACUGGUGGAGCGCAGCCAGUGGCAGCACAUGCCCAGUUGGGCGCUGCAGGCCAGCCGCGACAUGACGCCCCAGCUGCUGCUUUCUGGCGCCUUCCAUCCCGUCACCCGGAAGCGCGGCGGCUUCGUGCCGGAGCUGGGCUCCCUGCUACUGGUGACGGUGGAUUGCGCCCGGAAUUUGCCCAAGGAGCUCGAGGAUCAUCGUCUCAUGGUGCGGCUGUUCCUCAUGCCCCAGCGCCGGGGCCGACCGGACGCUCAGAGCUGCUCCAUGUUCUGCAGCCGGGUGCCGCCCGUGCAGGCUGGGCAGGCCAUGGUGGACCGACUGCUGAUGUGCAACUUCGACCAGACAGCACAAGCAGUACAAAUCAGCGCCGAUUCCAGUGAGGAGGAGGUGGACGUCAAGAAGUCCUGGGAGUCCUACGUGGAAUCCGAGGAGGCCCGGUGGCGCGAGCGGCUGCAGCUCCUGUGGAGCAGCUUCCGCAGCGCUGAGUUUCGGGACUUGGGGGACUGGUUGGAGGUGGACAGAGAAGGCUGCAUCCGGAGCCUGGCCGUGAUCUUGGACCUACCUGUCUGGUGCGAGCAGCGCCUGGGGCGGCUGCUGGAAGAGCUGGCCACGCCUUCCAGGGCCAGGGGCCGCAGCAAAGCCAAGGCGCCGGCGGCCAAACGGCCCUUGGAGUGCCACUGGCGGCAGCAGCUGCGGCUGGUGACCCGAAGCCCCUUAGAGGAAGAGCUGCUGCUGGAGAUUUGCCACGUGCAUCGGCGCGCCGAGCCAGAGGUGGUUGGUGUCUGGCAGACACCCCUGCGCAGCCUGCUGAGUGCGCAGCACAUGACGGAUCCGAUGGCUCCAAGACCUCUGAGGUCGCCCAAAGACUCGGCGACCCAGGCGGGUGCAGACGGCUUCACAAUCCAUUUGAAGCUGGAGCUUCUACACUUGCGGCCGCGCGAGGAAGAAGCGGAGAAAAAGCUGGGAACGUGUUCCGGGUUGAUGUGCUUGGCUGCUGCGAGGGGGGCCCGUAGGCCCCGGAUUCGACGCCUCGACGUCGCGUGGCACCGCGAGGUGUUGAAGCGGCAGUACGUCGCCACGGUGGAGCGCCAGUGGUACCAGGAGAUUGCCAAGAUAGGCAUCGAUCAGCAGCGAAGCCAGCCAAACGGGACAAGCAGCUUGCCCGGAGAGCUUUAG